GUGAGAACGUUAUACUACGCGUCCGUGGUGGCAGUGGGCGUUUCUGGGGUUUCUAUCCUUUCUUUGGAUCACUCUCGAUCGAUCGCGCGCCGUGGAAUGCCACCGAUUUUCUCCGCGAUCGCCCUCGUCUCGGCAGGAAUUCUUGGAUCGCGCCCCCGAUGGACAUCGCCGUGGGCGGCAACAUGGCCGCCAGGCCCAAGAUGCUGAUGUGCUACCUCUGCGGCCGCGAGUAUGGAACAAAGAGUUUGCCGAUCCACAUCCCGCAGUGCCAGAAGAAAUGGCUAGCUGAGGAGGAGCUCAAGCCGCCAAAGGAGCGCCGGCCAUUGCCGCUGCCGCCCGCCGAGAUUCCCAUCGCGACGAGCUCGGGAGGCUACAAUGUGGAUGCAUUCAACGACGCGGCCUAUGCGCAAUGGGAAGGCAAUUUGGAGCAAUGCCCUCACUGCGAUCGAAAGUUUCGUCCGGAAGCUUUCAAGCACCAUCAAAAGAGCUGUACGGCCCUUCGCCCCGCCAAAAAAGCUGGAACCGGGCUCACUGCCGCGGCGCUCUCCAAUCGCCUGCCACCUGGACUCGUCCAACGUGGCGCAAGACGUUUCUUCCAGAACAGGUUGCUGGAUCAUCUUCCUCUGGGGCUUCGAGAUUGA